GGACCAUUUCGUCGCUGCGUGGGCAGAAAUGAUCGGAUCAACUUUUUAGUUUCUUGUUCUUCCCGGUGUGGGUUAGGUUCUUCUAUAUAAAGGGUCUUCCCUCUUCUCUUCUCAUACCCUCUUCUCUUCUCAUACAAAAUCCAUCGACGAUUCUUCAUUCUAAUCUCUCAAUCCUUUCUCUUCGUAGAAAAUGCAGAUUUUCGUCAAAACCCUAACCGGCAAGACCAUCACUCUCGAGGUCGAGAGUUCCGAUUCAAUCGAUAAUGUUAAGGCGAAGAUCCAGGACAAGGAAGGCAUCCCUCCGGAUCAGCAGCGGCUGAUCUUCGCAGGAAAACAGCUCGAGGACGGUCGCACUCUGGCGGAUUAUAAUAUCCAGAAGGAAUCCACUCUUCACCUGGUCCUCCGUCUCCGAGGCGGAAUGCAGAUCUUCGUCAAAACCCUAACCGGGAAGACUAUCACGCUGGAGGUGGAGAGCUCCGACACAAUCGACAAUGUGAAGGCAAAGAUUCAGGACAAGGAAGGCAUCCCUCCUGACCAGCAGAGACUCAUCUUCGCCGGCAAACAGCUUGAGGACGGCCGGACUCUGGCAGAUUACAAUAUCCAAAAGGAGUCCACCCUCCACCUGGUCCUCCGUCUCCGCGGUGGUAUGCAGAUCUUCGUCAAAACACUAACCGGGAAGACAAUCACUCUGGAGGUGGAGAGCUCCGAUACAAUCGACAAUGUGAAGGCGAAGAUUCAAGACAAGGAAGGCAUCCCACCGGAUCAGCAGAGACUUAUCUUCGCCGGGAAACAGCUGGAGGACGGGCGCACUCUCGCUGAUUACAAUAUUCAGAAGGAGUCUACGCUUCAUCUUGUUCUUCGUCUUCGUGGUGGUGAGCUCUGAGAUGGAUGCCAAAUGAGUAAUCUCUGGUUAUGAUUUUAUUUUAUUUUUAUUUUUAUUUUUUAAGUAUUUGGAUUUCUAGUAAAGGAUGAUUGUUCAGAAUAAAUAAAAUUUUCAGUUACUAUUUUCUCUUCUGCUGAAUCUGUUCUUUCUUAUACUCCAAUAUCUCUGUUUCAAGAAUAUAUCCCAUCCCGAAAUCUUUUGAGCAGAUAAUCAACAAUUAUCGUGUAA